AUGGACAACGACGACACCGCAAAGGCAUUAGCCAGGUCCAUCCUCGGACCAGCCAAAGACGCUGACUUCCUCGCGAGCUUCGUCCGAGUCGGCAUCGCAGAUGAGGAAGAAGCAGACACUACUCCAAAAGCGUCCAUCAGCAAGAGAGCCCCGCCAUCCACCGACAAAAAUGAGGCUGUUGAAGAUGAAAAGCAUUCAGCGAAGGAAAGGAAAGUCUCCCUCAAACCUGGCAAAAAGAGCGCUAAACGCAAGCAGAAGAGAGAAAGACGGAGGCGAGAAGAAGAACUGUACACUGACAAAGACAGAGCUGCUGCUGUAGUGAUGGGCUCCAGGGAUAUCAAGCAGUCGCUCAGCAUGAAGGACAAGGCGGAGAGAAGCAGCGCAUUGCAGUUGCCAGAGGAAGCUGACGCUGGGACUUUGCUGGCUCUGGCUAGAGCGGAAAUGACUAGGGAGAGAUAUAGAACUGCUGUUAACUUUGUUAACAAGGCAAUAGAACUAGCUCCAGAAGAGAAAGCCGCCUACGUCGCCCGCAGCAAAUGCCACCUCCUCCUCGGCGAGCCCCGGGCCGCUCUAGCAGACGCCGAAACGGCCCUGGCUUUAGACCCCAAGCACGGAAAGGCGCUGCUGCAUAAAGCUGAGGCUCUGUACUACUGCGGGGAGUUCGAGAUGAGCCUGGUGCACUACCACAGAGGCUUGCGAGCGAGGCCUGACUUGAAUGAGUUUAGGCUGGGAGUGCAGAAAGCGCAGGAGGCCAUAGAAAACACAAUAGGCGCCGUGAAACCAGCGAAGAAACCAACCAAGCGCACUCGCUCUAAGUCCGCCCGCCCGGUCCUCGGCCAACUCAUGUCCGACAAGCUUUACUUAGAAAACCUUCUGAAGAACCCCGACCUGACCAUCGCGGAUAAGAAGAAUAACAUUGUAACGCAGCAGGCUGAAGAAGCACUGAGGUUUUUGGAGAAUAGAGAGGAAUUCUGGAGGCAGCAGCAGACAUUAUAAAAUGACAGUAGAUAAAAUAGAAUCACAUUUUGUAUUUAAGUGAAAAUUAAGGCUUCAUUGAUAUUACAAGAAGAGGACAUAUUAAUAGAGCAUAUCCGACAAGCAUUACUUAAUAAACCUUCUGAAGAACCCCGACCUGGCCAUCGCGGAUAAGAAGAAUAACAUUGUG